CAAAAAACAACAAAAAAAACAGGGGGAAUCGCCGGAGAGAGGCCCCCCCCUGUUGUCUUUGUGCAGUCUCCACAGUCCCCAGCCUCCCACCUUCCACCUUCACUGCCCCUGGCUCAGUUGGUGGCUCAGCAUCACUUCAAAGAGGAAGGUCUGCAGAGCUGCAGAUAACACACUGUACCCCCAAGCACCGGCAGGCUUUUCCAGAGCCCCUACGCAGUCCCUCGACCAACAGAAAGAAUCAACUCUUAGAGUGGGACCAGGAGACGAGAAGACCAAUUGUGGCCUGAACAAAGACAGACAGAGAGAACUAAUGCCAAGCCCUUCUCCUCCUCAGACAGCCUAGGGAAGGUUCAGGAGGUAGCAAGCUGGCUUUUGGAAAUGAACCAGGAUCUGCUGUCGGGGGGCAGCAGCAGCAGGCGGAGUCGAGGGCCGGGGGGUCCGGCAGUGCGAGGUAACGCCUCCUCCACGGCCCGGGCACCCCAGCAGGCGGCAGAGGAGGGUGAUGAGGAUGAGCACAUGAACCGGGUAGUAGAGGAGGAAGACCAGCUGCAGCAAAGGCCUGAGGCAUCGCAGGUUGAUGGCGAGAGAGAACCACCAUGGGCGCCAAGUGAAUCAGGAGCCAGCAACGGCCCUCAGGGAGACGAGGAAGGGGAGGAAGACGAAGAGGGCCCUCCAAACGAAGUGAACGGAGGAGAGAAAGGAGCUCGAUGGAUGUGGGGGCCAGAGCAGAGGCGGCUGCGAGGCCAGCCGCUGGGCGAGGAGGAGGAGGAGGAGGAAGAAGAGGAGGAGAACAACAACAGCAGCAGUCACCAAGAGGAGGAGGAGGCGGAGGAGAGGACAGAGGGAGGGGAGGAGCAGGGAAGGGAGGAAGAGGAGAGGGAAGAGGGCGAGGAGGAAGAGGAGGAGGACGAGGACGAGGAGGAGAUGGACCAAGACAGCGAUGACUUUGAACAUUCGGCGGAGAGUGGGAGGGAGGAGGAAGAGGAGGAGGAAGGAGAAGGGGAGGAAGGGCUGCGGUCUCCCUCUCUCAGGAACAAUGUGUCUGCCCCCAAUAACAACCUGGACUCCGGUUGUACACACCAAAGCUCUUCCAACAAGAAGAUGAAGAGAAAGUUGGACCAUGGCCCCGAGGUCCGAUCUUUCCCUUCAGGAAAAAAGCCCUGUAAAGGCCCGGAAUAUCCAAGCCCGACAGGAAUUGUCCCAUGUCCAGCCACACCCACCACAUUUGGCCACCUUAGAGCAGCCAAUGGUCAGGGGCAGCAGAGACGGCGUAUCACCUCAAUCCAGCCACCCACGGGUCUCCAAGAAUGGCUCCGAACAUUUCAGAGCUGGACUGGCCCAGAGAAGCUGCUGGCGCUGGAUGAGCUGAUAGACAGCUGUGAGCCCACACAAGUCAAGCAUAUGAUGCAGGUGAUCGAGCCGCAGUUUCAGCGAGACUUCAUCUCCCUGCUGCCCAAAGAGCUGGCUUUGUAUGUGCUGUCAUUCCUGGAACCUAAAGACCUCCUCCAAGCAGCCCAGACGUGUCGCUACUGGCGCAUCCUAGCAGAAGACAACCUGCUGUGGAGGGAGAAAUGCAGGGAAGAAGGCAUCGACGAGCCUCUGCCCCUCAAGAAGAGGAAAAUCGUCAAGCCUGGCUUCACUCACAGCCCCUGGAAGAGUGCCUACAUCAGGCAGCACAGAAUAGACACUAACUGGAGGAGAGGGGACCUCAAAUCACCCAAGGUGCUGAAAGGUCAUGAUGACCACGUGAUCACCUGCCUCCAGUUCUGUGGCAACCGCAUCGUCAGCGGCUCUGACGACAACACGCUGAAAGUCUGGUCAGCCAUCACAGGAAAGUGUCUGCGCACAUUGGUGGGCCACACAGGGGGCGUGUGGUCAUCCCAGAUGAGAGACAACAUUAUUAUCAGCGGCUCCACUGAUCGCACACUCAAGGUCUGGAACGCAGAGACAGGAGAAUGUAUCCACACCCUCUAUGGGCAUACCUCAACAGUGCGCUGCAUGCACCUACAUGAGAAAAGGGUGGUCAGUGGCUCUCGUGACGCCACGCUGCGCGUCUGGGACAUUGAGACAGGUCAGUGUUUACACGUCCUCAUGGGCCACGUGGCGGCGGUGCGCUGUGUCCAGUAUGACGGGCGGAGGGUGGUCAGCGGUGCCUACGAUUUCAUGGUCAAAGUGUGGGACCCCGAGACAGAGACCUGCCUCCACACGCUGCAGGGCCACACCAACAGAGUGUAUUCAUUACAGUUUGAUGGGAUCCACGUGGUGAGCGGCUCAUUGGACACGUCUAUAAGGGUCUGGGACGUGGAGACGGGCAACUGCAUCCACACGCUAACGGGGCAUCAGUCCCUCACCAGCGGCAUGGAGCUCAAAGACAACAUCCUGGUCUCAGGCAACGCAGACUCCACUGUCAAGAUCUGGGACAUCAAGACGGGCCAGUGCCUGCAAACACUGCAAGGUCCCCACAAGCACCAGAGCGCCGUGACGUGCCUCCAGUUCAACAAGAACUUUGUCAUCACCAGCUCGGAUGAUGGCACAGUUAAACUGUGGGACCUGAAGACGGGCGAGUUCAUCCGAAACCUGGUGACUCUGGAGAGUGGCGGCAGCGGUGGUGUGGUGUGGCGCAUCCGGGCCUCCAACACCAAGCUGGUGUGCGCAGUGGGCAGCCGCAACGGCACAGAGGAGACCAAGCUGCUGGUGCUGGACUUUGACGUGGACAUGAAGUGAGAAGGGAUGUUGGGGGAAGGACGAAGAGAGCGAACCACGGAGAGGAAGGAAUAGAGAGGGAAUGGGAGAUGAGGCACCUAGAAACCGGAGGGGCCAUAGCCCAGAACUCUUACCCAAACUCGCAAAAUCUACAACCACCACCACCACCAGUGGGCUGUCCUGUCCUCUACCAUCAUCCUCCCCGUCCCCCUUUGGGCAAAUGUUACCAACAGAGCCACAGACCCUCACAUGUGUUCAGCCCCUGCUUUUGACCCCCUACCACCAGUACGAGGUGGAAUCGGGAGGGGAUCGGGCUGGAAACGAGGCAGGGGGGAGGCAAGACCGGUCUGUCCCUUGAUUAGCUGGGAGAAAUAAGAAAAGGAAUGACGACUGAACUCUUUUGAAGUGACUCUCAACCCUUUCGGUUCGGGGUCAGCUUCGCACAGAGACUUGGUUUCGCUCAAGCCUGACAGAUUUUGAGAUGUACAGAGAUAUAUUAUUUUUUAAAAGACCCCCUUCCCCCCUCUCCCCCACAUACCCUCCCAUCAGUGCGCGCCCACACACACAUACACUCAAAACGGCCAACCGCAGAGUGGAAGAGAUUGAGGAAGGUGGUAAACAUUUUAAAGCUAAAUUUCCGCACACAGAAGAGCUGCUUGUUGCAGAGGAGAGAAAGCGAUCGGAGGGUUCGGCCUGUAAUCAGGCUCGUUUCUUGUCACUCCAUUUCCGUUCUUAUUGUUCUACACUCGGUUUCACAAGUUUGAUUUUAGAAUAUCGCACACAAACACAACUGUGAAUUUCAAUACGUUUUUUGGUUUAUCAUAUGAAAGGGGUUUUGUUUUUUCCUCACGGUUGCCAACAGCAACAAAUCCCAGUAUUAGAAAGCUGCUCUGUUUAGGUUUGCUGUCAUUAUGUCACAAAGGUUUUUUUUUUUUUUAUUUGAGUUGUUUGUUCUUCCUUUCUGUUUUCUACAUACCUGGGUUUAGAACUCCGUCUCCACAUAUAAACAUCAAUGCUGUCCAGAAUUUUUCAGAAUCUAGCUGGGGUGGUUUCCUCAAUGCCGGUGUUGUGACGAGACGAAGUAAAGGUUCUUUGCUCUAAGUGCUGUGGAUUAAUGCCCUUGAACCCCCUGCCCCCUUCCCCUCUACUGUUUUCCCCCAGUGGCCAAACUGUAUUUAUGCUGCUAGAUGAAUGGAAAAAAAGAGAGAGGGAACUUUUACUUGCUGUGACGUUUUAGUCCCAGGCAAAAUUCCAAAUUGAACUCUAUAUGUUUGGACUUAAAGAAACAAAAGAUGACAAAAGUUAACAUCCAACAUUUUUGUUUUAUUUUGUUUGU